CCCCGUCUCCAGGUAUAUAAAGUGGGGAGCGCUCCCGCGGCCGGCCAAUGCGCUCGGAGAGCAGCGCCCGCCCUCCCCGCUGCAGACGGACCCCGAGGCGGCGAUGAGGCUCCCGCUGGCUUUCGCCGUGCUCCUCCUGGCCUCGUCGCAGGCUCUGGGCGAGGAGAUGGGAGCCACCGACGACCUCAGCUACUGGUCUGACUGGUCCGACAGUGACCAGGCGAAGGAGGAGCUGCCGCUGCCCCUGGAGCAUUUCCUGCAGAGGAUGGCCCGGAGACCCCGGCCCCAGCAGUUCUUCGGCCUCAUGGGCAAGCGGGAUGCCGGAUAUGGCCAGAUCUCUCACAAAAGGUCCUCCGAAGGGAGCAUAGCACAGAAUUACGAACAGAGGCGUAAAUGAGACAUCCCCGUGCGUUAUUUAUUAAACUUCAUUUGUUCUAAUGGCCAAUGCAGUGUAAUAUAAACUAACCACUGUAUGAAAUAAUUAUUUAUUUAAUAACUGAAGGGGUUUGGUUUUUUGAGUUGUACAUUCAAUAAAAAUAUUAUUUUUCAUAUUGUGGCAGUGACACAUGUUGUGUAGGUGUGCUGUGGUUCUGAAAGGACCAGCAACCUAGUGAUGUCUCACAACAAAGCACAUUGUUUGAUAUGACCUGUAAAGUUAUGUUUACUAAACAAGCAAGUAUGCUUUGGUUCAUUGAAAUCAAGUCUAUCAGCUUCACAGCUAGUGCAGAACAGAAAUGAUGUUCCGUCUAGUGCCUCAAAUUUGUUUUCAUGGUUUAUAAUGUACUGUAAUUUCUGUAUCAAAAAAUAUAUUUGUAUCAUUGCAGCAUGUUUUAUGUUCUGUAUGUAUCAAUAUAUUUUGAAAGGGGGGAUGGGUAAUGUUUGAAUGGGAAUCCAAGGUCUUCAUUUCAUAGUCUGGAAUUUUAUGAUAGUAACAUUUUAAAUAAAAACUACUCUGGGGCUUUUGCAACAUA